GGAAGAGCAUGCUGCUCUAUUUUUCCCCCAUGCAUUUUUUUAACCCUGGCCCUCUUUAAAAGCCUGUCGUAGGCCUGUGGAGGCAUCACCACAGUUGCUUGUGCUGUGCACACCCAAGCUCAGAGCCUUAUCUGAGUCCCCACACUCCCCUGCCCACCAGCCUUGUGCUGGCUGAUACCUCCAAUCUCCCUGGAGACAGGUGGCUUGGUGCAGAGUUGGGGUGGCAGCUCAGAGUCAGGCUCCUCCCUGCCCCCAAGAAGUGGCCUGCUGAGACACUAAACACUCUCAUCGUUCUGUGAGCAGCUCCCAGGGAACAGAAAGAGACGGAGAGCCCCCCAGGCCAUGGGAACUGGUCCAGAGGGUAACUUCAGCGUCCCUGGAUGAUGCUGUGAGCUCCUGGGUCUUCCUCUAGUGCUAUUUCUUCCUCUCUGCUGUUGGAAGGAGAGAGAACAAGGGGCCCCUGGUGCCAGAGAUGCAGUUGGUCCCCUUGUAUGACUAUGUCGGUGUUCAGGCCGGGGGUGUGUGUGGAGCGUAUUUUUCCCGUCAAGCUGAGACGGUGACUUCCAGGAGGCAGAAGGCCCAGUAGGCCUGACAUGGCCUCAGCUCCUUCUGUGACUAGCCUGGCGGAUGAGGUCAACUGCCCUAUCUGCCAAGGCACCCUGAGGGAGCCAGUCACUAUUGACUGUGGCCACAACUUUUGUCGUGGCUGCCUCACGCGCUACUGCGAGAUCCCAGGCCCAGAACUGGAGGAGUCCCUCAGCUGCCCGCUCUGCAAAGAGCCCUUCCGCCCAGGGAGCUUCCGUCCCAACUGGCAGCUGGCCAGUGUGGUGGAGAACAUCGAGCGCCUUCAGCUGGCAUCCACGCGAGGCCUGGAGGUGGAGGAUGCCUGUCCUGAGCACGGGGAGAAGGUCUACUUCUUCUGCGAGGAGGAUGAGGCACAGCUGUGUGUGGUAUGCCGUGAGGCCGGACAGCACCGGGCUCACACCGUGCGCUUCCUGGAGGACGCAGCGGGCCCCUACCGGGAACAAAUACAGAGGUGCCUUGUGUGUCUAAGAAAAGAGAGAGAAGAGAUUCAAGAAAUCCAAUCAAAAGAAAACAGAAGAAUACAGGUACUCCUGACGCAGGUGGCCACCAAGAGACAACAGGUGAUUUCGCAGUUUGCACAUCUGAGCCAGUUCCUAGACAGACAACAGAGUGUCCUCUUAGCACAGCUGGAGAGGUUGGAUGGGGACAUCCUGAAGCAACAGGAAGAGUUUGAUACCCUGACCACCAGGGAGAUCUGCCGGUUCAGCACCCUGAUCGAGGAGCUGGAGGAGAAGAACAAGCGGCCAGCUCAGGGGCUCCUGACGGAUAUUAGAAGCACUCUAAUAAGAUGUGAAACCAGGAAGUGCCGAAAACCCGAGGCUAUAUCCCCAGAGCUGGGCCAAAGGAUCCGGGACUUCCCCCAACAGGCCAUCCCUCUGCAGCAGGAGAUAAAGACAUUUCUGGAAAAGCUCUGCUUUGAGUUGGACUAUGAGCCAGACCCCCAGACUUCCCACCCCAAGCUCCUGCUGUCUGAAGACCACCAGAGGGCUCGGUUCUCCUACAAAUGGCAGAGUUCACCGGAUACUCCACAGCGUUUUGAUCGGGCCACUUGUGUCCUGGCCCAACGUGGCUUUACUGGGGGGAGACACACUUGGGUGGUGAAGGUCGACUUGGCCCACGGAGGCAGCUGCACUGUGGGUGUGGUGAGAGACGAUGUUCGUCGGAAGGGAGAGCUGCGGCUGAGGCCGGAGGAGGGCAUCUGGGCCGUGCGGCUGGCCUGGGGCUUUGUCUCGGCACAGGGGUCCUUCCCCACAAGGCUGGCCCUGGAGGAGCAGCCCAGGAAGGUGCGGGUGUCCCUGGACUAUGAGGUAGGCUGGGUGACCUUUGUCAAUGCCAUCACCCAGGAACAUAUCUAUACCUUCACUGCCUCCUUCACUCGGGAGAUCUUCCCCUUGUUUGGACUCUGGGGCAGAGGGUCCAGUUUUUCCCUGAGCUGUCAAGAAGGUGCAGCUUCCGUCCUCUGAGCACAGAAGCGAGCACUGGGGAGCUGAACUUUGGUUCCCCAGGCACAAAAGUGGCUUUUUCAGACAACUGGGAUAGCAUGCAUCAGUAAGGGGGCGAGGUGGUGGCACCUCCAGUCUCUUCACUGCUGAAGCCUUGCCCCAGUACCGAUCAGAUGCUCAGGAUAAGUGGGACUCUGGCUGCUGCUGGCCAUUCUCACCAUUGUCAUCAAGGGGCACAGACAUAGAUGUACACGCAGAGCUGGGUAUUAACUUAAAGACCUGCAUCCCAGAUGAGAUCCUGGACUCAACCAGCUGAUGAUUUCAAACAAAACCCUUUGCCUCUUUGUUUUGUUUUCUUCCAAAGAUAUUGGCUGAUUUAUUCAUAUAUUCAAGAAACACUUUGGAGGAGUGGAUAUGAUCAAAAUACACUGUAUACAUGAAUGAAAUUCUGAAAAAAAAUAAAAAUAUUACUUGAAAAAGAAACAUCCUCUACCGUCAUGCACAAUACUCCUGACAUGGCUUCUCACAGGACUUCCGGGAGCAGUGUGUGCUCUCACACCCGCUCCAGCCACCGUCAUGCCCGCCCACAUCAGCCAGUGGGUGAGCUGCUGAGCCAGCAGGAGGUAGAUGGGUGCCCAGCACCAGGUGGAGGCGGGUGAGCUGGGUACAGUGUGGCCGUCCACCCAGGUUAAGAAGGCCCAUCGCAUUUCAUGGGAUGUCCUUGACCCAACAAAGGUGGGCCCAGCAGGAAGGACUCCAAUACAGGGAGUGGCACCAUUUCUGGUGGACAACAUGAAAGGCAAUCAGCAUCACUGAUGCCGCGGAUGUCCGGGCAGGACGUCAAUGCCAUGCUCCUCUUGGAUUACGUGGCUCUGGGCCUCCCAGUGGCACUGCUUCUACCAUCAUUGCUUCUGGCUAUUGUACCAGGUAGGACAAGCCACUGAAGUCAUCCUCAGCAACAGCUCUGAAGAUCAUUGUGGUAAGUUUAAGGCACAAGACUUACCCCCUGGGAGCCCCGGUGGCUGGCAUGUGUUACCAAGAAGAAUGAGAUGGCUACUGUGAAAACUGUACUAGCAGCCGUCUGGCAAGCAGGAAGCAGUGGACCCCUCAAAAUAUUGUCAAGUUGUGCAAAGGACGCUGUUUGUCCUCCUUCUUUCCUGUCUUCUCACUGGGAGGGCAAUGGCUAAUGCCAUCUGUAAGUGGCAUUACAGGAGAGGCUCUGAGUCCAGAACAAAGCACAGUGCAUCUUCAGGGGUGUGAUUUUAGGGUCUUGUCCCCACUGAGACCAGUGUGAGCAAAAUUCACUGGGGUUUCUGGGUGUGAUAAUCCUGUCUGUUCAAUAAAAUUAAAAUAAAAAGCAUUGAAUGCAGAAAAAAAGGAGGUACUUGAAGAAUCCAGUGAUUCCUGGCAAAAUGUUUGUCUUUGUAGUUAUUUUUUCUAUUACAAUGAUAAGACACUAUGACCAAGACAGCUUAUGGAGAAAGUUUAAACUAUAACCCAAGGGCUACACUGACUCCCUGGAGGAAACUCUCUUCCCAAUCAGCUGAUUAUGAGCUGAAAUAAAAAAGGAGACGACGGAAGAGAAUUAGUCGCAAGCAGCUCAGUUGGCGGAACAGAAACAGCAUCAUCCGUACUCUUCUGCCAGGAGGACGCUGAGGGAUGAUUUGGAUGACCUGUCACCUUUAGCCUAACAAGCUGAAAUAUGGACAAAGGUUACCGGGGUGGGGUAGAACAAGAAAGACGAACUGGCUUGACAUGGAGAAUUAUAUGGGAUGCAGGAAGCUGGGUGAGGGUGGGGUGCUGUGGUCAUGUGGAUAACCCAGAAAUGUCCCUUUCGGAAAUGAUUUGGGUGCCAGGCUGGCCACCAAUAAUGGGUACCUACAACUUGGAAAAUUAUAUCUAU